AUGACGGCCGACCCUGAUCAGAUUGCCGACUUGGUUCUGCAACAGUUCCAGAAGCUACCGGCGAAGCGCAGGCCCCAGGUCAGAGACAAUGGACUCCACGAAUGGGUUCCCCUGAGCGGCAUCGUUGCUGAGAAGGACGGUGUUUUAACAUGUCUUUCACUUGCGACGGGAAUGAAAUGUCUUCCAGCGAGCAAACUCUCACUGGCGAAGGGCAACGCCUUACAUGACUGGCACGCCGAGGUCCUCGCUAUCCGCACCUUCAACCGCUACGUCCUGGAUGAGUGCAACAGCCAUCUGCAAGGCACUGCCUCAAAUGUUAUCAGGAGGCGUGAGCACUCUGAGAUAACCAUCGACUCGCCUCAGCCGUUUGUCAUCAUGGACGGCAUCAAGCUGCACAUGUACUGCUCUGAAGCCCCCUGCGGCGACGCGAGCAUGGAACUUACCAUGGCGGCGCAAGACGACGCCUCGCCGUGGGAGAUCCCUCCUACGCCGGACGCCACUUCCGCCUCCGGAACCACUGCUACUACAACCGACGCUGAAUCCCUCCCCGGACGCGCCUACUUUUCCCAGCUCGGCGUUGUCCGCCGCAAGCCAGCCCGCGGCGACGCGCCUCCGACAAUGUCCAAGUCGUGCUCCGACAAGCUCGCACUGAAGCAGUGCACAUCCCUACUUUCCUCGCUCGUCUCGCUAAUCGUCCACCCGGGCAAUGCCUACAUCUCGACCCUCGUGCUGCCGGAAUCGCAGUACUCCGCCACGGGGUGUGAGAGGUCCUUCUCAGAGACGGGCCGGUUGAAGGCGCUGGCGGGUAGACGGUGGCGGAGCGGCUACAGGUUCCACCCCUUCGAGGUGACGACAACGACGAAGGAGUUUGGGUUCUCCAAGAGGAGCGUCGGGGAACGGGCCGAGAAGCUUGCGGCGAGCAAUCUGGCGGCGGCAUGGACUGUGAGCGGUGUCGACGAGGGGACGAUGGGGGGCGGGUUGCAGGGGCGGAAGGCCUUUGAUGUCAAAGGGGCAAGUAUGGUAUCUAGGAGGAGGAUGUGGGAGCUUGCAGUUCUGCUCGCUGGGAGACUGGAAGGGGAUUGGGAAUUGUUGCGGCGCACCGUCGAGGUUGAUACAUAUGCCCAAGUCAAAGGAGGAGAGCUCCUGGCAGAUAGACGUGAGGUAAAGGAGAGCACGAGGAAAGAGGGUUUGGCGGGAUGGGUUGUCAACGUGGGGGAUGACGGCUUCUCCCGUCUAUAA